AUGUCUGGCAAGCUCGAUAAGCCUCUCGACGAGAUCGUCUCGGCCCAGCGCAACUCUGCCGGGCGCCGUCGCUCGCAGCGACGCUCUACUGGCGGCCGACCUGCCGCUGCGCCUCCCGUCGGAGGCGUCCAGAAGCCCACCAGGGCCACUCGUGGCGCCGCGGCAAAACCCGCCCCGUCCAGGGGCUCCUCUGUCAUCGGCGAAAGCAAGGUCAUUGUCAGCAACCUGCCCAAGGACGUGUCGGAGCAGCAAAUCAAGGAAUACUUUGUCCAGGCGGUUGGACCCAUCAAGAGGGUCGAUCUUGUUUACGGCCCGAACUCGGUCAGCCGAGGCAUCGCAAAUGUCACUUUCCACAAGCCCGACGGUGCCAGCAGGGCUUUCCAGAAGCUCAACGGUCUUCUGGUCGACAACCGACCCAUCAAGAUCGAAAUCGUCGUUGGUGCGGCUCAAGCCGACAGGGUCAUUCCGCAGGUGAAGACGCUGGCGGAGCGUACCACUCAACCCAAGGCCCAGCCCAAGUCUGCUGCCACCAGCAAGCAGGGCGGCGCCUCGAACCACGGUGCCGCCAGCAAGGGAGCCGCCAACAAGAAACGUCGCGGCAAGAGCGCUCGCCCUACCAAGAAGACGGCCGAGGAACUCGACUCGGAGAUGGCCGACUACUUCGUCAGCAGCGCCAGCAACGAGAACGUCGCCAGCGGUGCCGCUGCGCCGACCAACGGCGAUGCCGCCAUGGAGGACGAGAUUAUGCCUCUACAGCCAAGUCGUCUGCCCUGGGGCAGUGCUCAGAGGAGAGAGGCGUGGGACGUUCUGUACAACAAGCGAAAUACACUCAAUACCCAAAUCCGAGGCGUGUUAGUUGUAGUCGACUGGCCAGAUGUACGUGGUUCGGGCUGA